UUAAAGGGGGCAGAGCCACGUCGGUGCACCCGGAGACCCGCUACUGAGACCCGCUGACAAGAAGCGUACCACCUUCCCACCUCUCGAAAGCACAGGCACUGUACGGAAAGAUGGCGGCUUCCUUACUGAGGAUGGGACGUCAGGGCUGUGUGAAGUGUUUGCAGGCUGAGAGCUGGCUUACCCUGAAGAGAGCACCUGCAGCUGCAGCACUGAGCACAAAAUCUGGAGGUUCCAAGAAGUCGCCAAAAAAGACCAGUUCUGACAAAGUCCAGCCUAAAACAUACUUUGAUGUAGAAAAACUGAUCCAGCACAAGUCAUAUGAGUUUCCCAAGAAAGGAUCAUCAGCAGCCGCUGCACCAGAAGCAGCAACUAGAUCAGUCGCCGAGGCCCCACCCUCCGUGGCAACUACCCCUGUGGUAGAAGCGGCUGCCGCUAUCCAAGUUUCUGAAACUCCCUCAUCAGUUGAGGCCACACCGGUUAUUGAGGCGGUUGCCGAAGCUUCACCUAUUGUCGAGGCGGUUGCCGAAGCCGCACCUAUUGUCGAGGCGGUUGCCGAAGCCGCACCCAUCGUCGAGGCGGUUGCCGAAGCCCCACCUAUUGUCGAGGCGGUUGCCGAAGCCGCACCUAUUGUCGAGGCGGUUGCCGAAGCCGCACCUAUUGUCGAGGCGGUUGCCGAAGCCGCACCUAUUGUCGAGGCGGUUGCCGAAGCCGCACCCAUUGUCGAAGCGGUUGCCGAAGCAGCACCCAUUGUCGAGGCGGUUGCCGAAGCCACACCCAUCGUCGAGGCGGUUGCCGAAGCCGCACCCAUCGUCGAGGUUGUUGCCGAAGCCGCACCCAUCGUCGAGGUUGUUGCCGAAGCCGCACCCAUCGUCGAAGCCGCAGCCGUAGUCGAGGCGGUUGCCGAAGCCGCACCAAUAGUCGAGGCGGUUGCCGAAGCCGCACCCAUCGUCGAGGCGGUUGCCGAAGCCGCAGCCAUCGUCGAGGCUAUUGUCGAGGCUGCUGCCGAAGUUGUUGCCGAAGCUGCACCCAUUGUCGAGGCUGUUGCCGAAGCUGCACCCAUUGUCGAGGCUGCUGCCGAAGUUGUUGCCGAAGCUGCACCCAUUGUCAAGGCUGUUGCCGAAGCUGCACCCAUUGUCGAGGCUGUUGUAGAAGCUGUUGUCGAGGUUGUUGCCGAGGCUGUUGCUGAAGCUGCACCCAUUGCUGAAGCUGCACCAGUGGAGAGCACCGAGGAGCUGCUGAACCUCGCUCCGGUGUUAGCUGAAGCUGCAGGAUGGGAGCUGCAGGCAGACGCCCCCGCUGAGCCCGUUGAACCGCUUGAGGCUCCAAUGGACCCAAUCCAGAAGCUCUUCUUGGACUCCAUCCGCGACUACUCAACAAGAAGCCAGGCUGCUGGGGGGCUCGUGGAUGCGGGCUCAGAGUAUGAGAAGGCCUUGGCAGAGGAGAUCGCCAAGCUCCAGAGACUCUAUGGUGGUGGAGACCUCACAUCUUUCCCAAAGUUCCAAUUCACAGAGCCCAAGUUGGAUGAAGUUGCCCAGAAAUGAACAGCAGCACUUUGCAAUAAACCUUUUGUAUGUUUCCUUUUUCCUGUAUAUCUGUGUUGACAGUUAACAGACAAACCAUCGUCUCAAGUUUUGUAUGUGAGAAUAGUUUCCACGGCUGUAGCCACGUAGUUUAUGGGAAUGGAUGUACAAAAUCUAAUGUAGAACUGUGAAAUGAGCUUUGGGUAGAUUGAACCGUGACUCAGUUGAAUGUGAAUUAAAACAAUGAAUCCCUUUA